GUUGUGCAGCUCAGAUCUGACGGAGAGCAGACGACACCACAGGAUGACGGCAGUGAUGCUGGCUGUGCUGCUGCUGGUGUGUGUGUGUGACUCUACAGCCUUCAGACUCACAGGAAACAUCGCUCUGAGGGCUGAAACCCAUCAGUCCACUGACCUGCUGAAUGGAGUCUCAGCAUGGAGAGCAGUGGCUGGAGAUGGAGAUCAGUCCUGCAGCUCCAUCAGCUCUAAGAGAAGCCCCUGGUGGAGGGUUUCUCUAGCACAGACCUACAGAAUCGCCAAAAUCUCCAUCAGCACCAGCGCUGAGGGCAUCAACGGAGCUGAGAUCCGCAUCGGCAGCAGUCUGGAGGAGGACGGAAACCAUAACCAGCUGGUGGCGAGAGUGUUCUCUGUGCAGCCAGGGAAAGCUCAGGUGUUUAGGUUCAGGCCUGUGGAGGGACGCUUCGUCAAUGUGAUUUUACCAGGAGUCGACCGUGUGCUGAAUCUGUGUGAGGUGGAGGUGUUCGCACUCACUCAAGACUCAAACUCAGAGCUGGUGAAUGUGGCAGUAUCGGGUCGAGCCACUCAGUCCAGUGUGCGUCCGGGUUCUGCUGCGUGUCUCAGUCUGCCACAGAAUGCCAUUGACGGGAACCGGCAGUACGACCCGUCCCGGGGCUCGUGUGCGCAGACAGACACUGAGAGCGCCCCCUGGUGGAGACUGGACCUGCUCAGGACACACACCAUCACUGCAGUGGCUCUGACCCGCGGAGACCAGGACGUCAGCGGCGCGCGGGUGACCAUCGGGGACUCACUGCAGGACGAGGGACGCGCAAACACACUGUGUGUUUCCGUGUCCUUCAUCCCCGCCGGAGGAACAGGCCGCUUCAGGUGUGUUUCUGCUCUCCGGGGCCGAUACGUGACUGUGGCCCUCGCUGGAGAAAACAGGACCCUGAGCCUGUGUGAGGUGGAGGUGUUCGGGGGGCCUGAUCAAUAAGAAUAUCCAGAAAUCAGCAGUUUUCCAUACGUGAUUCAGGCUUUCAUUUCCUGUUUAUUUCUGCUGUUGAACUGCAUGAUGGGAUCCUGAUCUCACUUCCAACAACAGAAGUGUGUAAAAGUGUGUGUUUUCCUCAUCAUCAUCAUCAUCAGAAGUGGACAGAGCAGAGAUCCACAUCCCAUAAUGCAGUUCACCUCCGCUAAUGAACCCUUGUGAAUCUGUAAAUAAGGGAGCUGUGAUAAUGAUCAGAUAUUCUUCACAGUGAACACACACACAUACA